AUGACCAUGGCCACCGGGCAGCACCGAGCCACGGGCUUUGCCCAUGAGCACCAUGCUACCACCACUAGGGUCGUCGCCCUGGCAUCCAAGACCUUGACACCACUUCACUCAAGCCCUGCAGCUACCCCAACCAAAGAGACGAGCAUAAAUGCCCUAACAGAGGAGAAGAACGGAGGGCGCCCAGGAAGAGGCCCCGUUGCCGCCUUCACAGGAGCCUGCCCGGGCUUCGCCGACGAAGCGCCUCCAGCAGAGGCGAGACAAGACAGCGAAGUUGAUAGGCUCAGCGAGUUGCCUGAUGACGUUUUGCUCAACAUUGUCGAGCGACUUGAUCUCACCGACGUCGUGCGAACCACCAUCCUCUCGAGACGUUGGAAGCAGAUACCUGCUAUGCUCUCAAAAAUUAUCAUAAAGGCUGGUCCUUUUGAGGCCAAGCACGGAAGUCCAAAAUUAACCUCACAUGGUAUAGUUCGGGCCAACACCACCGUGCUGGAAGCAACCAGGAGCCUACUGGGAAGCAGGACGGGAAUUCUAUACACCAUUCACGUAAUGUCCUUGCAAUUCUAUCUGGAAGAUGACUCCGUCUUCAUUGGCCAGACUGUUGCCAACACAAUGGCAACACAAAAGGUUGCUUCAGUUGAGUUUAUAAUCUUAACCCAAGUGCGUACCAAUUGUUACGUCGAGGACUUGCUUAGUUAUGGGAAGCGGUUCAUGUUGUUCUUUGAUUCGUGUCCAAACGCAUUUGGUGGUCUUGCACGCCUCUUGCUAGAGAAUUUGAGGUUAGGCGAAUCAGACUUUCCCAAAAUUUUCGGUAUAUGCAAGCAACUAGAGUUUCUGCGCCUUUACCAGUGUGACACGGGGGAUCUGUCUUUGCUGGAAGUGGAACACUCGCAACUCCGUGAACUAGUGAUUUCCGGUAGCACUCUUGAGAGGGUUGAUCUCAAGUGGGUACCAAAGCUCACAAUACUGAAAUGUAAUUGUUUUUUAUCUCGAGAUGACCCCUUCCAUUUGGGCUAUGUCCCACAGCUCCAGACUGUGAGCAUCAUUAAUAUUGGUCUUUCUUGGCACAAGAUGCUCAAGCUAAGUGAGUUGCUUGGUAAAACAUCCAUAAGCAACCUGCAUUUAAACUUCAGAUGUGAAAAGAUUUGGGUCAAACCAGAAGGCCGAAAGCAAUUGUUACCGGUGUUCCACAAACUAAGCCUUGUGAAUUUGUUCAACAUAUCUGAAGAAUGCGAUCUGACUUGGACGAUGUUCAUACUCCAAGGCGCACCCACCCUUAAGAAACUACGCAUCAUGGUGCGGGAUCAUUUAUGUGAAAUGACAAAGGGGGAGCAGAGGUACAUGCAUGAGUUUAUUGAGGAGGACAAAGGACUAGAGUGGGAACCACCUGCCCCUAAUUUCAAGCACCACAAUCUGGCUGAGCUCAGUAUCUAUGGGUUUCGGGCAGAAGACAAGUUCGUGAGGUAUGCCAGAAACGUCAUGGAGGCAGCGGUGAACCUGCAGGCCAUAAACCUGUAUAAGAAUCCAGGGUGUGAGAAAUGCAAGAGCAGGCUUCCAAGUGGGUGGAUGUGGACGGAGAUGGUGUUGAUUAGAGACAAUAUCAACAAGGGUAUGUCGUCAGAUGUUGGGAUUCGCUUCCGGAGUUGA